UUUCAGACCCCGUGUUGUGCUCCGAAGGACCCGUCACAGUUCCAAGAUGGCGGCGUCCAUACGGGUGUGCUGUGCCCUCCGCAUCACACUUGGAGGCGCAGUACCAGUGCGUCCUGCAGUGGGCGCACUCCAGAUGUCCCAGUUGGCAAGUCGAGCCUCGGUGGUCUCCCUCCAAAGAAACCCUGCAUGUCCACUGGUUCCCACAGCAGCGUGGCAGCAAACCAGACACGGCAGCUUCUUUAACAAGUUGACGGCUGAAGAGCUAUGGAAAGGUGUGUUGGCAGAGACCGGGGCUGGGGCCAGGAAAGGCCGAGGGAAGAGGGCCAAGCGCAAACUGAAGAGAGACCUGAACCGAGGACAGACCAUCGGAGAGGGUCGUGGUGGUUUUCUGUGGCCUGGCCUCAACGCUCCGGUGUUUAAGGGGGGAACGCUGCAGAACAUAAGCCGCAGAGGGGAGGCCGAGCAGCAGGAGGUGCAGGCUGAACUAGUGCGCCAGAGAGACGAAUGGGAGAGGAAGAAGAAGAUGAAGGUGAAGAGGGAGAGAGGCUGGACGGGACACUCCUGGGGAGGCAUCAGCCUGGGACCCCCCGACCCCGGACCCAACGGAGAAACCUAUGAGGACUUUGACUCCCGUGUGAUUGAGGUGAAGAGUGUGUUCAACAUGACAGCCAAGGAGGGCAGGAAGAGGUCCAUCAGCUGCCUCGUCGCCGUGGGAAACGGCAACGGAGCCGCAGGCUUUGCGCUGGGGAAGGCAGCAGACAGAACCACGGCUCUGAGGAAGGCCAAGAACAGAGCCAUCCACUACUUGUACUACAUAGAGCGAUAUAACAGCCACACCAUUUAUCAUGACAUUGAAUCCAAGUUCAAGAGGACAACCCUUCGAAUGAAGAAACAAAACAGAGGUUACGGUCUGCACUGCCACCGGGCGGUCAUCACUCUGUGUAAGCUGAUGGGCAUACAGGACAUGUACUGCAAAGUCGAGGGCUCCGUCAACCUGCUCAACAUCACCAGGGCCCUGUUCACCGGCUUGGCCAGUCAGGAAACCCACCAGACUCUGGCCGACAAAAAGCAGCUCCAUGUCGUGGAGUUCCAGUCGGAGCGCGGCCCGCUGCCCGUCGUGGUAGCGAGUCCAAAACAAGGGGCGCGAGCCGACCGGGAGCCCGAGGACGAGAUCCCCAACGUCCGGCUGCACUGGGACGAUGUCCGCGCCGCACAGGGAAUCAAACGCUCGGUGUGGGCGGGCGUCAAGCGCACCAUCUGGUAGCAUGGGAGUGGUUUGAUGACCUGAACGGACCACAGAGUCAAACAUGUCGGACCGGGAAGCAAACAUUACGACUUUGGACUUUGCGACUCGACGAGGAACAAGAUGAAUUUAGAAAAUCAAUUUCAGUCGCUUAAAAAAUUACAUUAUUCUAUUUCUCUAAAAUCUGCAGGAUCCAGUCUGUAAAAGUGUCAACAUUUUGUUGGUCAAGGGUCUGCGGUCCCCUAAAAAUGAACCAGAAUAUCGUUUGGUUUUGUUCUAUCAGUUACCUUGUAAAAGUUGGUGUCACUUUUCUCAAAUGGGGGUUCAUGUCAUUUUGGAAGAGAAUCCUCCACACUCCCAGUAAAGGCCGAUAACAGUCAAACCUGAACAGCAAAAUAUGUGCCUGAGAAAAUGACCAAACCUUAUAAACUAUGAGAAGACUCUUCUACUAGUCCUUGUGGCGCUGCUGUAUAUUAUGUCCUGUUGAAAUAAAGUACAAAACUGUAAAAUUCA